AUAAAUAUUACAAUUUUAUUUCGUGCUGGAAGGACCAUCAUGAGACUUGUUUUUUUGACUUGCCGUGUUUGUCUCUUCGUCCACUGUUUGUUUAGUGUUAGUCCGUUUUGUUUGUCUAUUUAUUUGGCCUCAAGUGCCGUGUGCUGUUUUUGUUUAAACCUUUUAUUUAACAAUAAACUGGCACAGGCAAGCACAUUUACCAUUUCACCUCGCAGUACUGAGUGUUUCUUCCGGGUCUGACGUCACCACUACAAGCCAUCCUGUGACAUAUGGUGUAGAAGUGGGAUAACAGCAACUCCAAGUGACAGACCGAGGAUACUGUGGGUAAUGUGGAUUAAAAAAAAUAAAUAAACAUGGCAGAAGCUGAAAUGACCCCUGACAUUUUGACAGAUAUACUGGAUAACCUGUUAAAUCAUGAGCUGAAGAGAUUAAAAAGAAAACUGGAAGUGAUAGAAUCCAAUAAUCAAUGUAAGCACAUUCCCAGAGGCAAGCUGGAAGAUGCCGAUGUGGAUGAUACCGUAGCUCUAAUGAUGGGCUACUAUGGGGAGGAUGCCAUUCAUAUAGUGACAGAGGCCAUGGACAGCAUUGGCAAGAAAGAUCUAGCGGAUAAACUUCGAAAAAAAACAGAAAAAGAACUGGAAAAGCUCAGAGUGUCCUCAAACAAAACACUUGGUUAUAAAGAAAUGUAUAAACAAGAUGUGAGAAAAAAAUAUAAAAAAAUAAGAGACUACAACUCCCUUCCUGGGGAAUGGAUGGAUUUUGACGACCGGUACACGAGACUUCUAAUAUUGAAGAAACACUGCCUGCUAGAGGAUAAGGAACAUGAACUGAUUUCAAGAGGCAAGAAACUCAUGGAGCUCAUGAAGAAACACAAAAGUGAUGUAGCAACAUGCAUCAAUGUCAAAGAUCUGUUUGUUGCCAACGAAAAAGAGCCAGAGCCGACAACCCUGGUACUGCAAGGACCUGCUGGAAUUGGAAAAACAUUCACAGUGCAAAAAAUCAUGACUGACUGGGCGUCAAACAAACUCUUCCAAGACAGGUUUGAUUAUGUUUUCCAUUUAAACUGCCGAGAACUCAACACAAUGACAGAUUACUUUAGCUUGGUUGAUUUGAUUUUGGACAGCGCUGAAUAUUUGCAACCAGCUAUUGAAAAGAUACUGUCCUGCCCAGAAAGACUUCUGUUCAUUAUUGAUGGUUUUGAUGAAUUGAAGUUGUCACUGGAUCAAGCCGAUAUUGGCUCAGCCAGAGAUGUGCAUGCGAGACAGCCAGUUGCAACCAUGUUAAGCAGGUUAUUGAAGAGGAAGAUUCUUUCCAAAUCUACUCUACUCAUCACAACAAGGCCAAUUGCUUUACAGAAACUUGGAAACACUGUGACUGUUGAACGCUAUGCAGAAAUACUUGGCUUUUUAGAGGAAGAAAUGAAGGAAUACAUUUCAAGAUUUUAUCAGAACGAGCAGCAAGCUUUGUAUGUGUUUAACUACAUUAAACAGAAUGAAACAGUGUUUUCAAUGUGCUUUGUUCCGGUAAUCUGUUGGAUUGUUUGCUCGGUGAUGAAUGGUCACGUCAGAGAAGGUGAAAAGUUAGCUAAGAGCUUGAAAACUACCACCCAAAUAUUUGUCCAUUUCGUAAAUAAAUUACUCGAGCACCAUUGCCUCGAUUCACAGAAGGAAGGUGUCCUUCAGAAACUUGGGUCGUUGGCUAUGCAUGGAAUUAAGAAGCAGCAGAUAUUGUUUGAGGAAGAAGAUCUGACAAAGUUUUCUUUAGAUCCAGUUCAGAGUGCAUCAGCAUUUGUUAACAAAAUCAUAUUUAAGCAGGACCUGAGCUGUAAGUCCAUGUACCACUUUUUGCAUUUAAGUAUCCAGGAGCUGUUUGCUGCUAUGUUUUGUGCUGCAGACACCUCCAGUGCAGCAGCAGAAAGUCUUUUAAACAUGUCAUUGACUGCAGAGGGAAGUAACCUCAUACUUGUAAUACAAUUUCUGUUUGGACUAACUAACAAGAAAACCCAAGGACUGAUUCAGGGCUAUGCCGGUGAGCCGUCUGCACUGAAAACCCAGUUAGAAAGAUGGAUCCCGAAAGCAAUGAUGUUCUACAAGAAUAAACCCUGCUUUGUACUUGCAGUGUUGCAUUGCUUGUUUGAAAUUCAGGACCAGGAGUUUGUAAAGAAAGCGAUGAAAUACAUCGAUGUAAUUGAUGUGACAGGAUUUCUUUUAAACAAGAGUGAUUGUUUAAAGAUAAAAUACUGCAUCGAGCUACAUGACGAGGGCUUGAAAGAACUUGCAGUAACCCGCUGCAAUCUUGGAGAAGAAGAAGUGAAGAUCCUUCUGGAUAUUCUUAAUAAGAGUCAAUCUAUUGGACUAGAGGCGAGAAACCUGAAUACAGCUACAAUAGAAAGGCUCUGCACCCAUAUUUCUACAGGCCACUCCCUGGAACGGAUCGAGCUGGAUAUUAGAAAGGAGGAUGAUGGACUGCAUUUGUAUUGUGCAACAAACUGGAUCUGUCAAGUAUCCAAGUUAAAAAUCACGGGUUGCAUUCCCGGAGACUGUGUCUUGAGCAUCUGCUCUCUGCUUCUGCCCAAAUAUAAACUGGAGUUCCUGUCCCUUGAGAAGGAUGGUCUUAGUCCUGAGAACAAGAAGCAGCUCUGUGAUGUUUUGAACACUUCACAAUGCAGACUAACUUCUCUAUGGUUAUUGGAAAACAAUUUUACGGAUGAUUGUAUCCCUGACAUCUGCAAGUUUAUAAAAACCCAAACGUCUUUGGAAAUGCUUUCAGUAGAAAACAAUACAGUCGGAGAUGAUGAUGCUAAACAGUUCCUUGAUGCUCUGAAUGGCUUAAAUUUAUUCUUCCUUAGCCUGGCUGGCGAUAAUCUGACAGAUGAAUGUGUCGAGCAUCUCUCCUCCAUUCUCAGUGCAAACUCGUCCCUAGUUUCUCUGCACUUGAACAAUAACUACUUCACAGACAAGUCUGUCCCUUCCUUCAUCCGCGUCAUUCAAAACUGCACCAGCCUGAAGAGCAUCAAUCUGGAAGCAAAUCAGUUCAGUCCAGAAUGGGAGUUGAAACUGCUAUGUCUGGAAAAGGACCUGCAUAAAACCGGACGUAAAAUUAUUGUGUUGCUGUAGACAUAGCCUCUGCAUAGGAUAAAUAUUCUUCUAGGAGGAUAUUUAAAGGAAGUUGCUUUUUCUGUGUUGUGACGACUACAAGAACAUUUUGAAGACAUUUUUGAAGUCACUUGUAGAAAGUGUGUAAUUGAAGAAUGCUACAGACCACUAACACCUCUGGGAUGUGGUGCUAUGGUGUAUACAGCAAUACAUUCACCUUGACACACAGCUCAGCGGAUGGUUUACACAUGUACUGCCUCCCUGCCUUGCUCUCAGUGCUGGCUGAAUAUAUAUGUCAAUCACAAAUCAAGGCAGCACCAAGCGCCCUGAAAGGCAAGGCCAAACACCAAAACCAAGCAACAUUGCUUGGACACAUGCUUAUACCAAUUCUUUAUUUCUCUCAUAGCAAUGUUAUUCUAAAUGUUAAGAGUUAUCCUGACCAAACUGUAGGUUAUUUGAACACUGAAUCAACACUUAGAGUCUUUUUAUGGCUCUGAAAACAUAAAAUUGAAACGGAUUCAAAACUGUUAGUAAAAAAAAAAAUGUAAUGCACUUUUGUAAAUGACUAAAUUUGAAUGAGAAAAUGAAUUGUGCAAUUUUGCUAACUGUGAUUUCUUUGACUAUUCCACCAUUUUCAUCAAAUCGACAAUUUACAAGUCACUUGUAAAUGUAGUCAACUAACUCAAAGAUCAAAGAGUGUUGUCAUAUUAAUGUUAUAAUUAGUUGUGGUGUCUUGUCCUUGUAAUCCAUUAAAUACUAUUCAAACCUAACCCAAGCCCCACAAACUUCGUGACAUUGCCUAGGAAAGAGCAAAAAGAUAUUCAACACUUAACAGGGACCAGUGAUCAUAUGUCUGCUUCUAAUGAGACUUACGGUUUAAAAGCUUUGGUUAGCACUCCUUUAACCUUCUGUAUCCAGUACACGUGCCGUGACACAUACAAUCUUGACAUGUUGGCAGCUGUAAUUGUUCUGAAAUGGCGACCAACAAAUUGAUGUUACUAAUUUAGUGACAAGACCGUGUAUUUUGUGAGUUUGUUACUCAACAGUAUCAUAAUUUUAGUACCGCCACUGGAUUUACCGCUUCAUUAAAAUCCCAGUUUACAUUGCUGCUUGCAGAAACUGACAAGACGAUGACUGGGACUUUGUGCCUGACUUGCUAAAUUGCUGACCUUUCAAUUAAUGUCACGGACAGGCUUAUGGGUGACAUCAGGCCAGGAAAUACACAGACAACAGUACUGGUGUAUGGAAGUGCUGAUGCGCAUGUUUAAUAAUAAAAUAAAAUAUUUAAACAAGCAAAACACUUUGCAAAAGAAAACGCUCGUUGGCCGAAACAGACAAAACAGACAUGGAACAAAACAAACAAGUAUCGUAUUGGGGUAUAUGUGUAGCAAUUGUUAUUUCUCUAUUUCUUUUCACUUUACUCACAUUCCGCCUCUGAACAACCAACGUCAUUCAGCUAAAGCUGAAGAUUUUUAUGCAGAUGACUGUCUCCAAAUUAGCAAUUUAACCUCAUCCAUACUGCAAAACAUAGUGUUUUUAAUAUACCAAACCAUACAUUUAAAUAAUAAUAACACAACACAAAUACAAAAUAAUAAAUAUACACACAGGGGUGGGGUGUACCCCGUCACAAGAACAUAUCUGGUUCUGACAAAUGAAAGGAAUUUUAGCCUGGUUAAAACUGGAUUGCACUUUACAAGAUGCAACUGAGGGUGUUGUUCCCAUGCUGGCAAAAGCCCCAGUGCUCUCCCACUCUAGUCAAUUCAACAAUAGCUUCCUAAGCCCUUCUGUGUGCGCCAUAACUAACUGUGGAAGUAUGCGCACACCUGCCUUAGUUGCCCAACAAAUAUGUGUCAGAGCUGGGAUGUUACCACAAAGAGCUCUGGUUUCUGGAACCAGGACAAGUCUCCUCCCUAUUGGCUGUAGGAUGAUCCACCUUAAGGGGCUGAUGUAAGGAUAGGUGCUGUGCAAACAAUUGCGGCUGCAAAAUCCAAAUUGCCUAGCAGCCAGGAAAUUAUUUUCCACUGUGGCUUAUGUAAACUUAAGAGGAAUGCAAAUUACUCAACAUGCACAAAUAAUGAGCUGCAAUCAUGAUAAACCAAACCAAAGAAUAUGUCAGAGAAAGAGCAGCAAAAUCUUCCUGGUACACGGAAAUGAAAAGUUUUCUGAGGAGGAGAUGAGAGUUCUUAUGGCUGACGUCACUCAGCAUGAAAUUAAGUUAAUUGGAAAAGCCUCAGCCAACAUCAGUUAUG